UACAUGCAUCCAACUGUAGUCACACUGCCUCCACACAUUUCUGCACGUAUGAGCUUGGAGGCGUAGGAAAAGAACAAGAUGGCCAACUCAGCGCUGGAGAUUGUGGGUCUCUUAUUGACCCUGAUCGGGCUGAUUGGCGCGGCAGCGAGCACCGGGAUGCCGAUGUGGCGAGUCACAGCUUUCAUUGGGGAGAACAUCAUUGUGUUUGAGACUCGCUACGAGGGUCUGUGGAUGAAUUGCUUCCGGCAGGCCAACAUCAGGAUGCAGUGCAAGGUGUACGACUCUCUCUUGGCCCUGCCCCCUGACCUGCAAGCAGCGAGGGGGCUCAUGUGCAGUGCUCUGGCGCUGGGCGGCCUGGGUCUGCUGAUCAGCUUGGUGGGGUUGCAGUGCACGUCAUGUAUCCAGAACAACGACAGAGCAAAGCGACUAGUUCUGAUCAUUGCAGGAAGCAUGGUCAUCAUGGCUUGCAUCUGCGUCCUCAUCCCUGUUUCGUGGACGGGCCAUGUCAUCAUCAGGGACUUCUACAAUCCCUUGCUGAUCGACGCCCAGCGCAGGGAGCUCGGGGAGGCUCUGUACAUCGGCUGGGUGUCCUCGGCUUUUCUGUUCGUUGGAGGAUGCAUGUUUAUUUGCUGCAACCUGCAGUCUGAAGACAAAGGUUCAGAGAGGUAUGUUUACUCCAGGGACUCCAGCUACAUGGCCUAUCCCCCACAGCCCCUACAGCCUCAGCAGCUGGUGCUAAUUCCCCGACCAGAACCUCAACUACAACCUCAAUUACAACCAGUCCUGUCCAGACACCCAUCAACUAUCUACUCCAACUACUCCAGAUACCCCUCUGUACGCAGUGCGGUGGCUUAUCUCUGAACACUGGCCGAGGUAAUGAUAAUCAGUUAUGGUCACUAUAUUCAAUUCAAUUCAA